AUGAAAAUUUUUUUGGUUCUAAUAUUUUCUCUUUUUUUAAAGAAAUAUUAUUUUUUGAAUAUUUUAAAAGGAAAGCAUAAUUGUUUCAUUAAUAAAAAUAACAGCUUUAAGAAAAACAAAAGAUAUAUUUGUAGGAAAUUAAAAUGUAAAUUAGAAGGUAUAGAAUAUAAAGUUCAAAAUUUAGAUGCUUCUAUUGAUUUUUACAAAAAUGUGCUAAAUUUCCAUAUUUCUGACAAAGAGAAAAAUUUCGCUAAAUUGACAUUAGGUAAUGAUCAGGCAUAUAUUAAAUUAAUUCAAAAUGAGGGAAAUAUGAAUAUUGGAGAGCAUUCUUUUCUUGGUUUGGGAAUAAAAUUAAACGAAUUUGAAAUAAAUAAAACAAAAUUGUACAAAGGAAAUAUUGAGGAACAAAUAGAAAAAAGACCAAUAACACCUUGCAUCUUACCAGAUGAAGAUGCCCAAAUAAGGAAAUAUUGGAAUAACUGCUUUAUAACAGAUCCAGAUGGUUAUGGAAUAGAGAUAGUUUUAGAAAAAGAAGAAAAUAAACUUGACAGAGUCAGAUUUUUUACUACAUCAACAAAAGAUUCUCAAAAGUUUUAUACUGAUAUUUUAGGAAUGGAUCUAGUAAAAAUACAAAGUCACUUAGAAGAAAUAUCAUAUCCAUGGAAUAUAUAUGGUGGUAUGAGUUAUUUUUUUUCGUCUAAAUUAAAUUCAACUCUUUUACAAUUCGCUUAUGCUUAUGAUGAAGAUAAACUACACAUGGGGAAUUCUCUAGGAAAUCUAAUUUUAAGUUUUAAAGAUUUAAAUGAAAUUGAAAAAAAGUUAAAUGAAAAUAAUAUAGAAAUAUUAAAAAAGGGUGAUGAUAUAUUAGUAAAAGAUUUAAAUGGAUACAGCGUAUAUUUAAGAAAAAAUAAAUAA